AUGUCAUCCCAUUUUCACAAGAAAGCAGCACAAUGCCUUAUUCUCAGUGAAUAUACCAAACCCCAAAAAAAUACCGUUGAGGCACUCAUUUUGUACUUUGCCUCAGAGACUAUUCGACAUCCUGGACUGCCUUUCAGCCUGCACAUCGUGUUUGGUAUCAUUGUUCGCAUAGCCAUGCGCAUGGGAUAUCAUCGCGACGGCUCAUUGUACCCGAGCAUCUCCGUCUUUCAAGCAGAGAUGCGUCGUCGAGUCUGGACCUGGAUUCGUAUGGCCGAUAUACUGAUGUCUUCACAACUUGGAAUGCCAAGACUCAUUGCAGAAGGUGUCGAUGAUACAGCGAUUCCUCUGAAUUUGCUUGAUGACGACUUUGAUGAAGAUAUUGUGAAGUUACCGAGCCCUAGGUCUGACCUUGAGUCCACAGCAAUAUCCUAUCUUGUGCAGAAAAGCAAGCUGAUAGAAGUUCUUGGGAGGAUAAUAACCACCGUCAAUCACCGAACACCUAUCACAAAUAGCAAGAUGAUGGAACUCGAUGAACACCUUGGUGAGGUACAUCGCUCUCUACCACCAUGGCUCCUAGUCAAAGCACGUACCAGUUUCAUUACUGAUGCUCCUCACGUCCUUCUCCGACGCAUUGCUAUUGAUAUGGCUUACCGGAGGGCUCAAUGUAUCUUGCAUCGGCGAUCAUUCUAUUUGCAUUCGCAGGAUACGUACUGCCAAUAUUCAAGAAAUGUAUGCGUCAAAGCUGCAAUGCAGAUCUUGGAUCACCAAUCAUCACUUUACAAAAACGCCCAGCCAGGAGGCUGUUUCCAUCAAGAGCGUUGGAAGAUGACCUGGCAUUAUACCAACGACUUUCUACUUGGCGCCGUCAUUCUAUACCUUGAACUUAGAUCUAUGGUUCAAGGCCGACAAGAUGAGCAGAACGUGCCCUAUCCCAGGAGAGACUUGAUGAAAGCCAUCCACGGAUCCUUCGAGAUCUGGGCCCAAGCGUCAGCGACUUCCAAUGAAGCCGCAAAUGCUUCACAUAUCUUAAGUCUAAUGCUUGAGAACCUAGGUGUUACAUCAAAUGCUACAAUUGGCACGAUAUCACACCCUCCAGGGAAUCCAGGUCCAAGCAAUCAUAAUUUUAUGCGUGAGUUUGGUGCCGGCUGGAGCCCCCCCCCCCCCCCCCCCGCGGAACGAAUUUUGUGCACCAAACACCAUGUACAGAAUUGA